AGGUGAGUGAAUGAUGACAGAAUUUUCAUUUUUAGGUGAACUAUCCCUUUAAGAACUGAGGUGCCUUAGACCCGCCUACUUUCAUAUAUAACACAGUUUUUGUCUCUUUGCUACUCUGUUUAUGCACAUGAGGUUUACUGAACCCUAAAUUGAUUUGAAACUUGUUACUAUAAAACACUGAAUCAAAAAUCAUCUGAAGAUCUUAACAUCUAUAAGUUUCUUCACUGUACAUUAUUAUACUGUACCUGAUCUCUAUUCAUUGUACAUCUGAGGAUUCAGAUUAAAUCAGGAUGUUGACCACUGCAACUCUUAUUCUCAUUGUCACCAGUAAAGUUGUCGUAGGACAGGAUUAUAAACGACCUGUUAAAGAAGAAAUAAUCCCAUUAGAUAUGGCACCAGAUUCAGUUGAUGACCGUUAUGAUGGCUGUAGAAAGGAGAUGAAAAACCUAGUGAGUGAAAAAUAUCUAAAUAAAGAAACAUGUUCUGACAUAUCUGAAUUCGGAGAAGCUUAUAUUUAUAGUACAGGAGAAAUCCCUGGACCACAUAAAUUGAAAAUGCACCAUUUAAUUGCCAUUUAUGUGUAUACUGGUCAUGUACUAUUUGAAAGGUUCAAUCAUGAUGUUAGGACUGGCAGACAGAAAUACAAAGACAAGACAUACAAAUGGUAUUCACUUAACUUUUUAUUGACUGAAGCAAUACAGAUUCUUAAGAAAACACAAAAGGGAUGCAAAUUAACGUAUCGUGGUACCAAACUUACCGUUAAUGAGAAUGUUCUGAACAGAGAAAUACGUUUUGGUUCAUUUGUGUCCACCUCUCGUACAUCUAAUGUAGCAAUGAAAUUUGGAAGUGAAUCUUGUUUUGAAAUCAAAACUUGUGAAGGUGCUGAUGUGUCAAAAUUCUCCCCGUUACCUAAUGAGAAAGAGGUACUGAUUCCUCCGUAUGAGACAUUUAAAGUCACCGAUAUAAAGAAGAGAGGACAGAAAGGUGCCUGGUGUAAGACUGUGUUUGUGUUGAAGAGCACUGGGAUAAAAAGUAACUUAAACUGUGCAGUGGCAUCAGUGGAGACUAAGAAAUAUCACAAUGUGACAAAUAUUAAAUAUCUAAAUUAUCUCUGACUGAUCUGCCUUAACAACUUCAUUCUCUUUUUUUAUAUUAAGUGUUACUGUUGACACAACUUGCCAAAUAAAAAAGUAUUGCUCUGAAAUACUUUAUUCUGAUUGGUCAGUGGUGACACAUAACAACCGAUAAAACGUAUACGGCUUAUGCCUAUGUUUAAUGUAUCACUUUACUGUC